GUCUACGCUUCAGAUCUGAGUAAAGAACCUGCCUUCCAGCUCAUUGCAAUGGAAAAUACAUCCAAAAACCAAGAGAUCCAGAUGAUUCCAGAGCAGUACCAGGUUCUUGAAAAGCUUGGAGAAGGGACCUUUGGUCAAGUUUUACUGGCUCAUGACAAGCUAGCAGGUACAGACAGUUUGAAUAUCCCCGAAGACUUUGUUGGCACACGUGUGUAUCUAAUAACGCAGUAUCUAGAAUAGUUAAUGGCUAUAACAACCUGUAAUUCAAGCAGAAAUUUCACUUUUUGCACAACCUAGUAGCCAAAAAAAAGUUAGUUAUUUUCUUUGUCUUUUUAUUUACAUUGUAUAUCCUGCUGCACUGGCACAGCUAAAAUAGGCAAAUUAAAUUUCCAAAUGUUGCAUGCACGAAUGAGGCACCUGGAAAUAAAUACUGGAGCACAAAGAGAACGGUCUUAAUAGUAUUAAACAGCCUCAUGCUACUCCUGACACAUUAAUGUUACUAUAGUUGAUUGUAUUCAUGAAAAUGGUUUUAACAACCGUCUUGAUAAUUUUUACCAGGUCGAUCAGUGGCGCUAAAACUGAUGAAGAAAGAGAAAACCCACCAAGAUGCCUUUGUCAAGGAAUUCAAGGUUGCGGUCUAUCUUUCUCAUCACAAGGGUAUCAUUACUACCUACCCCUACUUCUUUGAUAACCUGCACAACUACAUCUAUGUCCAGGAGGUGGCAACAGCAGGGACCCUUGAAUCCAUUAUUGUUGAGAAGGUAAGAAAAAGAAGCUAAACAAUUGCUUUGGAAUAGUCUCAGUGGUAUUUCUCAGCAGAUUAGUAACAACGCAUAGUCUUGUUAGAGUUUCUAUGCUAAUUUAGGCAUGGGCAACUUGAUACCCUAUGUACUAUAACAAACUGGCAGAGGAGAUUUGCUGGAAUUUUAUAUCACCAAGAGCAGGAAGGCCACUGGUUACCAACACCUGUUCUAGCUGCAUCUUAGUUUGGUUAAAUAAUUAUCAAUGUUCAGGUUGAUUUCAUUAAAUUUUUUUUAAUAACACAGCCAUCUCCAUAAAAAGUGCUAAUUACUUUGUCAACUCUUGCUGAAUAUUGAGAAAUCCUUGAGAACUGGAUGUAUGACAUACAUUGAUAAUUAAAAAAGUAUGUAAAUCAUUGCUUACAACACAAUAACCAAUAUUUGAGGAAUACUUUUGCUAGAGGAGAGUUAUCAGCCGAUUUAUUAAAAUGUUUUUGAAAGUGAUAUUGGUAAAUGUGUUUAUUUUUCUCUACUGGAUAUUCUACUGAAAUAUUUUGUUUUUAUCUAAUCUUCUAGGUUGGGUUACCAGAAUACAUUGUGAAGCGUUGUGCUGCUCAGAUUUCCGAAGCAUUAUUUUUCAUUCAUAAUCAAGGGUUGGUGCACAGAGACCUGAAACCAGACAACAUCUUGCUUAUGGAUAAAGAAUGCCACAACAUCAAGAUCGGAGAUUUUGGUCUAACAGAACGUUUUGGUAGAUUCAUCCCAUCGAUGUCUCAUAUAAUACCAUACAUGGCACCUGAGCUUUCUAUUCUGGAACCUAACCAGUAUCUACACUUGGGUCCAAGUAUUGAUGUCUGGGCAUUUGGAGUCACCCU